AAUAUGCCCGGAAUUGCUCUUGCAUUGGGUGGAUCACCAGAUGAAUUCGAAGGGGAAAGCAGCAGUGAUGCAGUUUGGGUGAUGCGUCUUAUUGGUUACCCUGGUGCAUCAAUUGCAAACGGAAAAAUAUGUAAACCUGAAACUAACAUCAGAUGCGGUGCACACACGGACUAUGGUUUGUUAACAUUGGUGAAUCAAGAUGAAAAUAUCACUGCACUUCAGGUGAGAAACCAAUCUGGUGAGUGGAUCUCAGCUUCUCCGAUUCCCGAAACGUUUGUCUGCAACAUUGGUGAUAUGUUGAAGAUACUAUCCAAUGGCAUAUACGACUCAACUCUUCACCGAGUUAUCAAUACAUCUACAUAUCGCGUCUGUGUAGCAUAUUUUUAUGAGCCGAAUUAUGAUGCAACGGUGGAGCCUUUGGAAGUCUGCGUACAAAGGAGUGAUGGAACUUGGAAGUUCAUAAAAGCUGUUUAUGAAGAACAUUUAGUUAGCAAAGUUAAAGCAAACUUUGUAAUGUAG